CUUUAUGUAGAGUAGUUAUGUGGUGACAUUCAGACGCGAGUAGUCGUCGAACGUCGUCUUAAAAUAGUUCCCCAACUAGCCGCUAGAAGACAGGAGUCGUCUUUGCGUAGAGCGACGCGCCCCUGACGAAGAAGAUACAGGUUGUCAAUCGUUUCCUGUACAACCCAGAGUCAAUGCUCGCCGUUCGCAAAGGUGGUGAGCCAGGAUCCUUCCUCUUUCCCGGUGUGUUCCUGUGGGAGGACUUCCUAUCGGAAGAGGAGGAAAAGGAGCUGAUUAGCAGCAUGGACAAGGACGUCUGGAAUCUGUCUCAAUCGGGUCGAAAAAAACAGGACUUUGGCCCAAAAGUGAACUUCAAGAAGAAGAAAGUGCGCUUCGCCAAUUUCAGUGGGCUUCCUCCAUUGAGUAAAAAACUAGUGCUGCGAAUGCAACAGGAACAAAGUCUGACGGGCUUUCAGCCUGUGGAGCAAUGCAAUCUGGACUACCAGCCUCAGCGGGGCUCCGCCAUCGACCCCCACCUGGACGACUCCUGGCUGUGGGGGGAGCGUCUGGUCACUGUCAAUAUGCUGUCGGACACAGUGCUGACCAUGUCGCUGGAGCAGGGACUCCCACACCUCAGACUGCCAGGGGAAGUGAAUGUAGCUGUGGCUCUACCGCGCAGAUCUUUGGUCAUGUUGUACGGAGAGGCGCGGCAUCGCUGGAAACACGGCAUUCUCCGGAAGGACGUUCGAGAACGCAGAGUCUGCAGCACCUACAGGGAACUGUCGGCCGAGUUCCUCCCCGGUGGGCAGUAUGGUGAGCUGGGAGCUCAGCUACUCAACGUUGCUGCUAGCUUCAAUGGAACGCCUAUAUAGACCCCACCCCCUGAUAUUCACAUGCCAAGCCUAUGGAGGCAAGUCAACACAGCUCCUCUACACAAAUCACAACAUUCAAAUUUGGAAAUGAUACAAACUUUGUGCAAUUUCCAAUAAUUGAAUCCCAUGAGGAACUAAGAUAAAAUAAGAUAAUCCUUUAUUAUUCCCUCAAUGGGGAAACUCCUGUGUAAGCAGCAGUACACUUAACAUACACGCACACACACAUGCGGGGAAGGGGGUAAAAGAUUUUAAAAAGUAAAAGAUAUAUAUACCGUUUUUUUCCGUGUAUAGUCCGCCCCCAUGUAUAAUACGCACCCUAAAAAUGGCAUGCUGAUGCUGGAAAAAAGCCUGUACCCAUGUAUAAUACGCACCCAAUUUUUAUGAUUUAUUUUUAUUAUUUUUUAUUUUUAUAAGUCCCAAUGAUCGUCACACACGCAGGGAGGCAAUGGGUCCCAUUUUUAUAGUCUUUGGUAUGGUCUUAACUAGGCUGGAUGUAAUUUUUUUUGUUGGCGUUGAUUUCUCCGACUCCCCGUAAACGCACCACCGCGCUCCGUGCGCACAUUUGAAAAAGGCGUGCGGACGUGAAAAAGGCAGCUCUGUAUGGGAGAGACAUUGAAGAGGAAUAAAAACACCCUUGGAAACCAAAACUUGCCCCUCGUCGUGACUCGGAGCCGCAACAAAUGUUUCGGAUUUGUGUAGGGUACAUUGUGACAGACAGCAAACGAGCAGGUGAUCGAGCAAGCGUCUGAUACGAGAGCAUUGCGGUCGCAUGGAGCGUGUUUGAAGUGAACAGCAGAGAAGAAAGGAACAAGGCAAAGUGUUGUGAAAUAAAAUAUUACCUGUAAUACGGAUUUAGGUAGAGAACUGAACUCUCGCUCUUUAUAUAGCUGACGUGUCUUGCGCAUCCGUUCUGCGCAUCUGUAAUGGCGGCCUCCUUAUGAUAUCCGGUUUGCGUGUGUGCGCGUGCGCGUGUGUGCGAGAGAGCGAGAGAGAGAGCGCGAGAGAGAACGCUCAACCGUAGCGCGCCGCCGACCGCCCAACUGCACCGCGCUGGUCGCAUUAUUGUGACAGAGCCGUCGCUGAAAUUUAGAAGAUAUUUUUAAAGUCCUGAUGUACUUUCUAAAAUUUAAGUGGACCUCAGUGCGCACUGCGCAGGGAGCUUAAUUUGGUGCGGUCGCGCAACCGCAGCGCGCCGGGCGCUCACUGUCCCAUUGCUUAAAGAGCGCCUUUGUGUUUUAGGAUGAACAGCAGAGACCAAAGGAACAAGGCUAAGUGUUUUGAAAUAAAAUAUUACCUGUAAUACGCAUUUUGUUAUUUGCUGAUUGAAACUGCUAAUUAAACUGUGAAUUGAAACUAAUAGGAAGAAAACAACUCUCGCUCUUAAUAUAGCUGACGUGUCUUGCGCAUCCGUUCUGCGCAUCUGUAAUGGCGGCCUCCGUAUGACGUCCGGUCCGCAAUGGAGAUUAAUAAACAAACAAUAUUUGACAAUAACACACCAUCAAGGAUUGCACCAUCGCAUCAAACGAUGUGUCGUCAAUUAUGAAUUUUACUGACUAAGUGUGUUGGCCAGGAUGGCUGAAUGCGAUGCGCGAUUGACAACAAACAAGAAGAAAGGUGAUUUCAAGUUUUAUUUCGGGGGAGAUUUGUCAUGUCUCGUCCCCAGUUUUGCUAUGUGUCUAGGUUGCCAUAGUUUCUGUUCGCGUCGCCCCUCUCUUCCUGUGUCACCUCAAUCGAUGUAACGUGUUUUGUAUUUAAGUCCUGUCUGCCCCUCGCUCACCGUCGGAUCAUUGCAUGUGUUACUGUCAUGAUGUGGUUUCUGUUCCUGUCUUUGGUAAUGUCACCCUGUCUUUUUGUUCCACGACUUUGUCGGUCAUUCCUGUUGUUGGUUUUGUUGUACCAUGACUUUCUUUAAAAAAAAAAAAAAAAAAUUUUUUUUUUGUACCCAUGUAUAAUGCGCACCCCAGAUUUUAGGACAAUAAAUUAGUUAAAUUUUGCGCACUAUACACGGAAAAAAACGGUAAUUUAAAAAAUAUAUGGACAGUAUGUACACAAUACACAAUAUACAGUGGAGAUAAAAAAAAAUUAGAUAAAAAAAUAGUGCAAGGGAAGGAAAAAAAACAACAGUGCAAAAGCAGGUAAAAAGAGUAUGAGGUAGACAGAUAUUCCACAUAUGAUUGCACAUACGGUUAUUAUUGCACGUAAUUAUUGUCCGUUAGCUAGAGUGAUUUAGCCUGGUUGUAUAGUCUGAUGGCAGCAGGGAGGAAGGACCUGCGAUGCCUCUCGGUGGUGCAUCUUGGGUGACGAAGCCGGUCACUGAUGGAGCUCUCCAGGGCUCUCUCAUGAAGGGGGUGGGAGACAUUGUCCAUGAUGGAGGACAGCUUAGCCACCAUCCUCCUCUCUCCCCCACCAUCUCCACCCGGUCCAGACUGCAGCCCAGGACAGAGCCGGCUUUCUUCACCACCUUGUCCAGCCUCUUCCUCUCCGCUGCAGUGAUGCCGCUGCUCCAGCAGAUUACCCCAUAAAAAAUGGCGGACGCCACCACAGAGUCGUAGAAGGUGUGGCCCUUCUUGUAUAGGGCCUGAGUGUUACCAGUCCAGUUCAUUGUUCAUGUGAACACCCAGGUACUUGUAAGAGUCCACAAUCUCUACGUCCGUUCCCUGGAUGUUCACCGGCGAGGGGGGGUCUUUGCGCCGGCGGAAGUCCACCACCAGCUCCUUUGUUUUUCCAGAGUUAAUCUGGAGGUACUCCGUCUCGUCUCCGUCGUUAAUGAGACCGGCGAUGGCGGAGUCGUCCGAGAACCGCUGGAGGUGGCAGGUUGAUGUGUGGUGGGUGAAGUCAGCUGUGUAGAUGGUGAAGAGGAGGGGGACCAGGACGGUCCCCUGUGGAGCUCCUGUGUUGCAGACCACCGUGUCAGACACACGGCCUCCUGUCCUCACAAACUGUGGUCUGUUUGGAGAAAUCAUAAAACAUGAUCCUCACAGUGCUUCCAGCCCGCUCCAGUUCUCCCAGAGCGCAGUUCCCCUUGUUCAAUUCACAUGAUAGUGUUUUAACAUGACAGCAGCACACGUUUAAGGAAGCAAAUAAAGUUUUGCUCAUUUGUCUUUUA